UUUUCCCAGAUUCAGCUCACUCUCAUCUUUAGAUACCUUCCUGUCAAACAUCGAGUUGAUACUCGCUACCAUAUUUAUCGCCGCUGUAAAACCAAACAUUUCUGCUCCAAGAAAGCAAGAAUGAUUCACCGGAUCCUCUCCGUCCCGAGAAGCAUCGUAAAGUCAAGUCGCCUGUCAGUUGCGAAACUUGGUACGCUACCGGUCUCAUUCCCAAAAAUUCGAACCUAUUCGUCGACGGUACCGGCAAACGAAUCGAAGCCUUAUCUUUCGGGAAAUUCGACUCAUUUUGGUUUCGAACAAGUAGCCAUCGACCAAAAGGAAAGUCUCGUACGUCAAGUAUUUGAUAAUGUCGCGGAUUCUUACGAUGUCAUGAAUGAUCUCAUGAGCGGUGGACUGCAUCGAUACUGGAAAGACUAUUUGCUGGAAGUAUCAUCAGUGGAAUCCAUGGCCUCGGCGGUUCGUCGCACCAACGGGGACCUUCGUAUUCUCGAUGUCGCAGGCGGGACGGGAGACGUCGCUUUUCGCUUUGUAAACGCGGCAGGAUGCGUAGAACGGGCCAAAUCGUCCGGAGAAGACCCGGUUUCCGUCACGGUCUGUGAUAUUAAUCACGAAAUGUUGCGUGUUGGAGAUGUAAGAGCACGAAAGCGCUUCGGCAAUUCUCUUUUGGAUGACAGCCGAGGCUUACGAUUCAUGCAAGGGAACGCCCAGGCGCUUGAGUUUGAAGACAACUCUUUCGAUUUAUAUACGAUUGCUUUUGGGCUACGUAACGUGACGGAUGUGGACAUGGCGCUACGAGAGGCAAAUCGUGUUCUCAAGCCGGGUGGACGAUUCAUUUGCCUCGAAUUUUCCCAGGUUCCCAACGAGCUGCUUCGAACGAUCUAUGAUACUUACUCCUUUCACGUGAUACCCGCCAUGGGUCAGAUUGUAGCACAAGAUCGAGAAUCGUAUCAGUAUUUGGUGGAGAGCAUUCGGAGAUUUUCAAAUCAGGAUGAGCUGGUGACUCGGAUGAAGAACGCUGGUUUUCAGGUAUCUCGGUACACCAAUUUGACUGGUGGCAUAGUUGCAUUGCACGAAGGCUGGAAGAGCGUAUAG